AUGGAUAACGAAAUUCCACAUCUUAGUCCUUCAGAUGGAAAUGUCAUGAAGCGUUAUUACAAGGCACUUAAUGGAAACAAACGUUCUUUAACCGAAGCCGAGCGUGAACUUUUCGAUUGUAGCGAACUUCUUUGUGUCGAAUAUUAUGACCUUACAUUGCAUCAAGAGCAAGAGAUCUUUAGUCGUGUGCAGCUUGGUGUAGCAUUAACGCCUGCUGAAAAGCUUCAGGCAAUCAGCAGCCCAAUGGCAGAUUUUGCACAUACAAUUUAUACACAGCAUCCAUCUAUUUCUGCCAUUAUGGAUACGAAACGUGCUCGCCCCUUCCAGCUUAUCACCCAAUCUUUGCACAUGAUCGAGUGUGAACCCGAUAAAUUUAACGCAACACCUACGACGAUUACAAAAUUCUUGAAAGAGGAUCGUGAAGUACCCGAUUCUCUUCGUUCUUUAGCGAAUCAAGUUUAUAGAACAAUCGAAGAAAUGAUUGAGGAUGACAGUGAAUUGUUCCAUCGUGAAAACAAGUUGGCUCCGGUUGAAUUCGUUUUUCUUACUUAUAUGAUUGCAAAGUACCCCGGACUCCCAAUCUUUCAAUAUCAGAAUCGUCUUUUGGCUAUGAAGAAGCAUGUUCGCGCAAAACAUGACGACAUCCGUUUCAACAAUAAGGUCUACGACACAUUGAAAAAGUUUAUUGACAAUAUGGAAUUUGAAUACGCUGCCUCUCACAACACUCCCGCAACGUAUUCUCCCCCAGUUCAAACAUUCGAAUCACAACAAAUCAACCCUACUCCUACACGUUCAAGAAAGAGGGUGAAACACGCUGCUGAAUAA